CUACUACGAUCUGCGAGAGGAGCCCUCGGGAAGCUGGAGGCGGAGCGGCGUGUCCUUGGCGUCCAAGCUGAAAGACAUGCAGACGUUCUUCGGGCUCAACGCAACGGGAGCCCUCGAUCGGGACACGCUGCAGGUAAUGAGGAGGCCACGCUGUGGCGUUCCAGAUUCCGAAAAGUACGGCGGUUACGUCCGAGGGGAACCAUGGAACAAGAAGGUCAUCACGUACAACACCGGCAGGUACACCCAAAACAUGCCUCGGAGCACCGUCGACUCCCUGCUCGAGUCCGCUCUCGGCGUUUGGGCCAGAGCCAGCGGGCUGACGUUUGUCCGCUCGCACACCCGGAACGCUGACAUCAGGGUGGACUUUGUCACCCUAGAACACGGUGAUGCGUCUCCAUUCGAUGGACCCGGCGGCUCGUUGGCUCACGCUUUUGGUCCAAGAGCAGGAGUUGCAGCAGAUGUGCACUUUGACGAUGAUGAACGCUGGACAGCAACAGGAACUGCUGGUUUUAAUCUUUUAGUGCUGGCUGCACAUGAAUUUGGCCACGUGUUGGGUCUGAAGCACUCGAGGAACCCUGCAUCACUCAUGCACCCAAACUACAAGCCGUAUCACUCAGGGGCCAACCUUCUAUCCAGAAAGGACAUGAUCAAUAUCAAAGCACUUUACCGUCCACACCAAGAUCGCCCAAACAACUUCCCAUGGCCGUUGUCUCGACGCAUACGAAACAGAUGUGCUCCAGAUGUGACCUUCGAUGCCGUAUCCACACUUGGAGAUGCCACCAUCUUUUUCAGAGACAGAUAUCUUUGGAUUAAAUACAACAACGCGGAUGAUAUCAAAGAAGGUCCAACCUCGAACUUCAUGCCCAAGAUAGAAACUAGAAUUGAUGCCGCUUUCUGGGUACCGCGCAGGUCUACCGCGUACCUCAUUCACGAAUCCAUUUUCUGGAUGGUGAAAGGCUCUGUGGUGAAGGGAAAGCCCAGAGCUCUGUGCCACUUUGGCUUCCCUGCGUGGGUACAGGACAUCGAUGCCGCAGUGCACAUUGUCAAAACAGGACGUACUCUUUUCUUCGUGCAUGACAUUUAUUGGAGUUACAAUGAAAACAGAAGAGUGAUGGACUUUGGUUACCCAAAGUAUAUCAGCGAGGACUUUCCUGGUCUCAACUCAACAAUAAAUGCAGCUGUUCACAAAGAAGCGCCGACCAUUGCCCCAACCGUUUCACCAGAGGAAAACGAGCUGGCUGAGAACUAUCUUUUCCAGUUUUACAAUGAUGUUGGGACCACAAACUACUCGAGAAGAAGCCUUGUUAAGAGCAACUUCACUGAAGAUCUGGAAUCCAUGCAGGAAUUCUUCGGCUUGGAGGUGACAGGGGUCUUGAACAAAGAGACUGUGGAGGUCAUGAAAGCUCCCAGGUGUGGUGUGUCGGAUAUCAGCCUCUAUGGACACUUUGCAGGGAAACCAAAAUGGAACAAGAGGCUCAUAACGUACAGGAUCACUCAGUACACUCCAGAUAUGAGCCAGAGACAGGUGGAUGAUACCAUUGGUCAAGCCUUCCAGCUAUACAGCGAUGUCAUCCCACUUGACUUCAAGCAGAUCUACAGCGGCACUGCAGACAUCAUGAUCCUCUUUAAGGGUGGUUAUCAUGGGGACUUUUAUCCUUUCGAUGGUCAGGGUGGAGUCUUGGCUCACGCAAACUCUCCUGGAAGACAAGAGGGAGGAGACACACACUUCGAUGAUGAUGAAUACUGGACAUUAACACAAAGAGGUGUGAAUCUGCUGCUGGUGGCAGCGCACGAGUUCGGCCAUGCUUUGGGAUUGGACCAUUCCAGAGACAGACGCGCGCUGAUGUUCCCCACAUAUCAUUACGUCAACACAAAUGGCUACAAACUGCCAGAUGAUGACAGGCGAGGGGUUCAAGCACUCUAUGGUAGCCGCACACAAGCGCCAACAAACGCCCCAAAACCCAAUCCACCACCUGAACCAGAGCCGGAGGAUCCAGCAGAAGAACCAGAAGACUCGCUUCCAAACCCUCGUGAUGAGCGAUGCAGCAGAAAUUUGGUGUUUGAUGCUGCCACAUCCAUUAGAAGAGACUUGUACUUCUUCAAAAAUGGAUACUACUGGAGGAAGAGUACCAUGUUCCAAGGACUACGUUUCACAAAAGUGAACACUGUAUGGUCACAAAUCAACACAGUUGAUGCUGCAUAUGAGGUCCAAAACAAAAAUGUUUUUUAUCUCUUUGAAGGUAAUAGGUUCUGGGGCAUAAGGGCCUCUUCAAAAACAAUGCUACCAGGCUAUCCAAAGUUGCUGAGCAGUUUUGGGCUCCCUGCAACAGUCAGUAAAAUCGACGCAGCCGUCUAUUUACCAACGACAGGAAAAGUAUUGCUAUUUGUGGACAAACAGUAUUGGAGCUAUGAUGAGAACAGAAACCAAAUGGAUUUUGGAUAUCCACGACCAAUUGCGAGAGACUUUUUUGGGGUCAGGUCCAAAGUUGAUGCAGUUUUUGAGAACUAUGGAUACAUCUAUUUCUCAUCUGGGCCAAAACAGAUGGAAUACUCCCCACCAUAUCGGAGAGUGAACUAUCUCUUCCAGUUUUACAAUGAUGUUGGGACCAGAAACUCCUCAAGUGCGAGCCUUGUUAAGAGCAACUUUAGUGAGGAUCUGCAAUCCAUGCAGGCUUUCUUCGGCCUGGAGGUGACAGGGGUCUUGAACAAAGAGACUGUGGAGGUCAUGAAAGCUGAAAGCAGGUGGUGUGUGUCGGAUAUCAGCCUCUAUGGACACUUUGCAGGGAAACCAAAAUGGAACAAGAGGCUCAUAACGUACAGGAUCACUCAGUACACUUCAGAUAUGAGCCAGAGACAGGUGGAUGAUACCAUUGGUCAAGCCUUCCAGCUAUACAGCGAUGUCAUCCCACUUGACUUCAAGCAGAUCUACAGCGGCACUGCAGACAUCAUGAUCCUCUUUAAGGGUGGUUGUGUGAAUCUGCUGCUGGUGGCAGCGCACGAGUUCGGCCAUGCUUUGGGAUUGGACCAUUCCAGAGACAGACGUGCGCUGAUGUUCCCCACAUAUCGUUAUGUCAACACAAAUGGCUACAAACUACCAGAUGAUGACAGACGAGGGGUUCAAGCACUCUAUGGUAGUCGUACACAAGGGACAGAAAACUUCCCUAAUCCCAAUCCACCACCUAAACCAGAGCCAGAGGAUCCAGCAGGAGACCCACUUCCAAACCCUCGUGAUGAGCAAUGCAGCAGAAGUUUGGUGUUGGAUGCUGCCGCAUCCAUCUGGGGAGACUUGUACUUCUUCAAAAACGGAUACUACUGGAGGAAGAGUACCAUGUUCGAAGAAAUCCGUUUCACUAAAGUGAGCACACCUUUAGCUUGUCUGCGUGUUAGCAAAACACCAACACGCAAUAUUCUGAACACAGUACGAAAGUCAGCAAAACUGUUACUGUGGCUGUCAACGAGGAUGGAGUCACUCAACACAUUUGAAUCAGAGAUGGAGGCGGACGGACAGGGGAGCUAUUCCUUAUUUCCAUCUCUGGAUAACAUUGCUGGUCUUUCCGUGACGGCUGAUACACUGGAGAGCGAACCGCCGAGUGAAAUCCCAGAGAAACCGAACCUCACCUGGCUUGACGCUGCUCAGAUUGUUUUGGAGGAAUCAGGACAUCCAAUGCACAUAAAGGAGAUCAAGCAGAGGAUCAUUGAUCGGGGACUUGUUCAGUCCAAUGCAAAGUCGAGCCUGGAAGCUGUCAUGUAUCGCGAGACACAAAAAGGCAGCAAGAGAUUCAAGAGGAUUGAGAACAGAAAUGGAGUCUUUGCAUUGCUGACAGACGACGAGCGGCAGCAGGCUCUGAAGGCCUUCGCGGCUCAGGCCUUCCUCGGCGCACCGCAGCAGAACUCCGCUUCCGCCUCGGCACCCGGCGGCAGCGGUGCUGCCGUCGCCCCCUUUCCGUCCCCUGCUAGUUCCUCGGAGAACAAAGCCAAGAUGAGGCGAGGCGUGCGGAAAAAAAUGAACGAAAAGUACCGAGUGAAGUACCUUCGACUGCGCAAAGCAGCACGGGCCAUGAUAUUUGAAAAUGCAGCUUUGCAUGACGAAGUGGCACAUUUAGAAGAGAAGUUUUUGAGAGCAAAGGAAGAGCGCCAAUUGUUGCUGUUGCACUAUCAGUCCCUGUCAGAGUGUGACUUUUUCCCCACGCCCACCUCGACCACUAAUCCCGCCGUGUCACCACCCGCAACAAGCUCCGCCCCCGGAGGACCACCCGCCCUGUGUGGGACGCACAACCUCACAUCUGCGGUGUCAGCGGUGGAUGAGGCGCCUCUUAAAAAAACAAAGAAGGAACGUAAAGAGCGAGGCAGAGAGAAUGGAAAGGAUGAGCUUCAGAAGAAAGUGCCAAAGAAGAGAAAACUGGCUGAUGGUUCCCGGAAGCUGGUGCAACCCAUCCCGCUUGACUCCUGUGGUCGCCCCGUCUUCCCCAUCGUGCUGGGAGGCUUAACGGUGUACAGCUUGGGCGAGAUCAUUACGGACAGGCUGUUUUUCCAUGACGAAUGUGCCAUCUACCCGGUGGGCUUCUGCAGUACUCGCGUCUUUGCCAGCAUGAAAAACCCCGAGCUGCAGUGCCUCUACACCUGCCAAAUCAAAGAUGGAGGAAGCGGACCACAGUUUGAGAUUGUCCCUGAAGACGAUCCCCAGAAUGCAAUCGUUGCCUCCUCCGCCCUGACGUGCCACUCCAACUUGCUCAAGGCCAUCGCCUCAGUCAGUUCCAAGACUGUUGCUCCAAUUGUGCCCUCCGGAGCGGACUUUUUUGGCUUCUCUCAUCCCACCAUUCAGAAUCUCAUCCAGAGUUGUCCCGGAGCACGGAAGUGUAACAACUACCGAUGGAUACGUUUCGAUGUGUGUCGCGCGGGCGAUGGCCAAAAUCCUCACAGCCUGUCAGAGGACGACGCUUCUGUCAACUUUGAGGCCUAUCAGCGACACCGGUGCUUUAGUGAGAAGCCGGAGCAAAUCUCAGCACAGAAAAUGCAGUGUUCUAGCGCCUCACACCUGAGCACCACCUCCGUGAAGCCGUCAACCUCCUAUUUCAGCUCCUGAUGUUACAGUGGCCAGAAUGCCUCCAAGGUAAUACUGUGACAGUCCACAAGAUGACGACAAAUAGAAGUGCAGAUUUAAUUUAAAUGAAAUAAUGGCAGAAAACCUCAUGAAAACAAUGUCUUUCACACUGUAAUUGUCCCCCAAAACACCUCCAGUUGUUUACUGAAUUUUGGAAAAUAGAAGCCUGGAACUCAACAUUUACUCAUUAUGGUCAAAUGAAUGUUUUUUUUUUGUUCCUUGCUUUAUUUUUCAAUUCAGUUUUUCAACAUACCCAUAGAUGAAAUACAAAGAACAUUCAAGGCAUUCGAUUGACACAUUACAAAUUUCAGUCAUUGCUGUCAUGUCAUCAUCCGGGUGAUUUUAUCUGUGUUGCUCAUCUGCAAUCAAUGUCCACUUUACUCCUUUUUCCCCGACGUGCUUCCUCCUCGUACGUGAAUCUGUGUCGUAUCUUGUGUCCAUCCUUUUGAACCGGUCGUUUGUGGUAAGAGUCCCAUAUUGAGACUUUUUUAUUUUAUUUUUAGUACAUGCUACUAGCAUGAUCUUCAGCAGAUUUCUUAUCUCACCCAUCAACGUGGCUGUGCUACUUUAAAAUAUUUUUUCUUGAAUUCUGGUGUGUUAAAGAACCUGGUAAUAUUCUUCCAACAAUGCUCUCUCUACACCUAACAUUGUGUGGAGCUUUAUGUUAUCAUACAUAAGCAUUUAGCCUCUGUCAUAUGUAGUUGUUUUUCACAUCCCUAUUUGGUAGUUUUAGUAUUCCCUCUCCUGUUUAAUCACAGUCCAAUGUGUAUUUUUUUAUGCUUUGAUUUGUAGUACACACUCAUUACAGUUUUGAUAAUUCCAUUCCAUAAUGGUAAGUAUCUAAAAAGAUGCUUACUCUGGUUGUAGCUCUUCUCCAUUUCUUGGAAGCUCAUGAAAAUUCAGUUAUUUUAUUAUUGAAUUUAAUGAGGGUAUUAAACCUUUUGGGAUCAUAUCAAGGCUAUUAUGGAUGAAUUGUUUCUCAAAAAUCUACCAAUCGUGAUGGAGAAAGUUACAGUAAUUUUCAAUCGGAAGGUUUCUCAUUCAAUGGACGUGUUUUUUUUUAAUUCAUUUCCCAUCUCGCUUAUCCAGGACAUAUUUUUAUUUGUUCAACUUCUGUAAAUGGAAAACAGUCAUUUUGUGUGGUAAAGUGUUUUUAUUUAAAUAAAUUAUUAAAAAAAACAUGG